AUGUCCAAAGUUAAGGAAGUGAAGAGUGAUGAUGAAUUUAGAGGCUAUUUGAGAAACAGUACAGGAAAGUUGGUGGUUGUGGAUUUCUUUGCUGAAUGGUGUGGUCCUUGCCAAAUGGCCAAGCCAAUUUUUGAAGAUUUUGCAUCCCGAUAUUCAAAUGUCGUGUUUCUAAAAGUGGAUGUCGAUAAACACAAUGGUAUUGCGCAAAAAGAGGGCGUACAAGGCAUGCCAACUUUCAUCUUUUACAAAAACAAUACAAAAUUAACUUCUGUGGUCGGAAUGGACAUGCAAAAAGUUGAACGUCUGAUCAAUGAGUAUGGCGAUACAUUUCAAGCUUUCCAAGGAGGUGGUAGAACUCUCGGAGCAUCAUCAAGCAGUAGUAGUAGCAGCGGUGGUGGUAGUGGUGGUGGCUUAGCUGGACAAGUCUAUAAGAACCCUUGGGCUGAUGAGAAUCGUCCGGUUCGCCAACCAAAACCUCAAACAGACGAUAUGGAUGAAGAUUUGGAUGAUCUCGAUGAGGAGACUCGUAAAGCCAUUGAAUUAUCCCUUCUUCAACAAAAGAUCAAGAAGGCAGGGACCAAACCUUCUUCCUCGUCGUCGUCUUUGUCACCCAGUGGUGGUAGCACCAAAACUUCUUCACAAGAAGGCACUUCCAAGGAAGGAACUUCUGCCACACAAGAAACAAACAUUGGUGGUCUCACUAAUGAACAAGUCAUGGCAGAAAUUGAAAAAUCAGUCGAUGCCAACAUUUUGAAAGAACUGAUGGAAAUGGAAUUUUCAAAAUUGAGAGCUAUCAAAGCUUUGUUAAAUUCUCCUCAACCUCCUUCCAAAGAAGGAUGUAUUGAAUGGCUUUUGGAGCAUCAAGAAGAUGCCGACAUUGAUGAACCAAUUCAAUUCACAGUUGAAACUGAGGAAGAGAAAAAGAAACGUGCUGAACAAAUGAAGGAGCUGCUCAAACAAAAGCGACUCGAAAACAAGAGAAAGAUGGAAGAAGAGGAACGUAAAGCUCAAAAGGAAAGAGAGUUAAAGCGCAGAGAGCAAGGAAAACAAACUCUGGAAAUGAUGGAACGAAUGAAAGAAGAACAAGCUAAACGAGAUUUAGAAUUGAAGAAGAAGGAAAAGCAAGAAGAAAAGAAAGAAAAACUUCGAAUGAAACAAUUAUUGGAAGAAGAUAAACUUCGAAGAAAGAUUGAACGUUUGAGACAGGAAGGAAAGACAGCUGAGCUCGCUCAGGUCGAAAAAGAUCUUUUUGAUUUACAGAAAAUGGGCUUGAAGGCCUAUCUUGCUCGUGACACAGCAGGAGGCAGCAGUGACACUCCAACCACCAGUGUUAGCAGUAGCACACCCACAGAGUCAUCAUCCGCCGCCACUAGUGCUCCAUCUCAACUUCAAGAAAGUGCCAUUCGAGUUCGUUUACUUGAUGGCACAACAAUUACUGCCAAAUUCAAGCCAACGGAUAUAAUCAAAACAGUGCAUGCUCACAUUGCGUCUCUCAUUAAGGACAAUCAAUUCUCAUUUAACUGUCCUGGUGUGCCUCCAAAGACAUACUCUCUCACUUCUGCGAAUAUUAACAAAACUUUGGAUGAGGAAGGACUACACCCAAGAGGUCAACUGAUUUGCACUCGUAAAUAA